AUGGUUGAAGCUGAACUACCACCACAAUAUACCACUGCAUCUAAUGAUUUAAGAUCAGACACAUUCACUACUCCAACAAAGGAAAUGAUUGCUGCCGCCAUGAACGCUUCCAUUGGUGAUGCAGUUUACGGUGAAGAUGUUGACACUGUCAAACUAGAACAACAUGUUGCCAAAUUAGCAGGUAAGGAAGCCGGUAUAUUUUGUGUUUCUGGUACUUUAUCUAACCAAAUCGCAUUAAGAACUCAUCUUUAUCAACCACCAUAUUCCAUCCUUUGUGAUUACAGAGCUCACGUUUACACCCAUGAAGCAGCCGGUCUUGCCAUCUUAUCUCAAGCUAUGGUCGUCCCUGUCAUCCCAUCAAACGGUGAUUAUAUGACUUUAGAAGAUAUUAAAUCACAUUAUAUCCCUGAUGAUGGUGAUAUCCAUGGUGCACCAACUAAAGUUAUCUCUUUAGAAAACACUUUACAUGGGAUAGUCUACCCAUUGGAAGAAUUAGUCCGUAUUAAAGCUUGGUCUAUGGAAAAUGGUCUUAAAUUACAUUGUGAUGGUGCAAGAAUUUGGAACGCUGCCGCAGAAACUGGUGUCCCAUUAAAACAAUUCGGUGAAAUCUUUGAUUCCAUCUCCAUCUGUUUAUCUAAAUCUAUGGGUGCUCCAAUGGGGUCCAUCCUUGUUGGUAAUACUAAAUUCAUUAAGAAAUGUAAUCAUUUCAGAAAACAACAAGGUGGUGGUGUUAGGCAAUCUGGUAUGAUGGCUAGAAUGGCUCUUUGUAAUGUUGAUGACGAUUGGAAAUCUAAAUUAUUAUAUUCUCAUAAAUUAGCACAUAGUUUGGCUGAUUUCUGUGAAAAAAAUGGUAUCCCAUUAGAAUCUCCAGCUGACACGAAUUUCGUCUUCAUCGAUUUAAGAAAGGCAAGAAUGGAUCCAGACGUAUUGGUUAAGAAAGGUUUAAAAUAUAACGUUAAACUAAUGGGUGGUAGAGUCUCUUUCCAUUAUCAAGUUACAGAACAAACUUUAGAAAAAGUUAAACUAGCUAUCUUGGAAACUUUCGAAUACGCUAAACAACACCCAUUCGAUCAAAAUGGACCAACUCAAAUUUACCGUAGUGAAUCUACUGAAAUUGAUAUCGAAGGUAAUGCGAUCAAAGAGAUUAAGACUUACAAAUAUUAA